AGACGUUGGACUUUGUCAAGGAUUUUCAAGAGUACCUCACGCAGCAGACCCAACAUGUAAAUAUGAUCUCAGGUUCCGUCGGCGUCGAUAAGGAAGCGGAGGUGCUCCAGGGCGGUACGGAUCUCUCAAUGUUGAGUACAUUUUCGUGAAAUUAUAGCCGUUGCUAACGUUACCAAAUCAUUUGAUGUGGUAUGGCUUGCUUGUUUCUCCUCGCUAUAAGUUUAAACUAAGUUAUCAGUUUGUUUCAGUUUGUGUGUGAUGCUAAAUUGAUAUCUCACUUAGUGACACUGUUGCAACUGGGUUCAUCCGGCAUCGACAGCAAUCACAGCACUGGUCCUUUCAUCGUUGUCUUUUAGCUAGCCUUUCGCGCUCCAGUCCUGUGUUAUCCUAACAGUUAGCCUUUUCCCGUUUGUCUCACAGUCAGUGAACUUUGGCAUACUGUAAUCAUCACUGUGAAAUCGUGGUUGUUGUGGGAGUGUUGGUUACCGGUUUCUAUACGGAAAAUAUGGAGUCUGUAUUUUCCUUUUGACAAUUGAUGUUUUCAACACAGUCCACGCAAAGUAAGGCCAGCCAUCUGAUAACGUUUCAAAUGGUGUUCUUCACAAAUAUAAAUCUAGCGUAUUAGACAAGUUACAUUUUCCUAAUGACUCCUCCCAUUAAGCCAAGCCACUGUUCUUACAGGAGAAGAUGGGGGCAUCAAAAGUUGACCUUGUGACCAAGUAUGCUGUUCAGCAUCACAUGCGAGCGGAAUUAUGUUCCAGGUCUGCAGUCAGAUCCCCCUGGAAUGCAGGCAGAGCCAGGCGAUGGGUGUGUUGCCGAUGGUACCGGUGUAGGGCACAGACCUAUGUUCUGUUUACCGGCAGCCGGUACCGAGACCGACCAGAACAGGCUGGACCAUGCUUCGGUGGAGGUUUCCCUGGACGACGGCUCGGGGCUGCUGGUUGACAGCUUUGAGAGGACGUACGAUGGAAAACUCAAGUGCCGCUACUGUAAUUACGCUAGCAAGGGGACUGCCCGACUCAUCGAGCACAUCCGUAUACACACAGGAGAGAAGCCCCAUCGGUGCCACCUCUGCCCGUUCGCCUCGGCGUACGAGCGCCACCUGGAGGCGCACAUGCGCUCGCACACGGGCGAGAAGCCCUACAAGUGCGAGCUGUGCUCCUUCCGCUGCAGCGACCGCAGCAACCUGUCGCACCACCGGCGCCGCCGGCACAAGCUGCUGCCCAUGAAGGGCGCGCGCUCGGCGCUGGCGGGCAGGAAGAUGCUGGGCGUGCUGCAGAGGAAGUCCGGCUCGCUGGGCUACGGCCGCCGGCUCCUCCUGGGCUACGGCCCGCCCUCGGCGGCCGGCCCCAAGGCCGACUACCUCGGCCACUUCCCCCCGGACCUGCCGCAGCUGCACCCGGAGCCGCGGGACGGCGGAGGGGGCGACGCCUCGCGCCUGGACGCCGUGUCCGACAACCCGCUGACCCAGCUGUCCACGCUGGCGGGCCAGCUGGCCAGCCUGCCGGCCGACGCCCGGGCGCCCGUUUCCCCGGAGACGGGGUCGUGCCGCGACGAGAAGCCCUUCCUCCUCUGCCAGCCGGCCGCCGCCCCCGUAUCGGCCGGCUCCGCCCAGGCCGCCUCCCCCGCCAGCCCUGAGCCCCGCCCACCCCCCGCCAGUAACUACAGCCCCGGGGCGGGGCCCUGCAGUGAGCAGAGCGCCCACACCAGCACCCCCAGUGUGAGCAACAGCCAGCCCAGUACCCCAGCGCCUGCCCUGAGCAGUCAGGACCUGCAGCUGCUGCAACACUGCCAGCACUGCGACACGUACUUCGCCGACAACAUCCUCUACACCAUCCACAUGGGCUGCCAUGGCUACGAGAACCCCUUCCAGUGCAACAUCUGCGGGUGCAAGUGCAGGAACAAGUACGACUUCGCCUGUCACUUUGCCAGGGGCCAACACAAGUAAUGACAGGGGUUUUGUUUGUGUGUUUGUUUGUUUUUAUCUCUAGUGGACUUUGAGUUAGCGUGGAAAGUCUGGACUGGUUUGGAGUGGGAGAGGGAGCGGGCAUGGUGAUUUGUUGUUUUUAAUGACAUUUUGAAGAUCUUACAGAAAUGUCACCGAAACCUCUGUCACGGCAACCUACUCUGUGACAUCAGUUUUAUGUCUGCACCUGCGUGCGGGGACGAGUUAGUUCUGUAUCCACUCAUGUGCACAGGGGAUAACCACUUGCUUGCCUAAGCUGACUUGUCAACGUUUAUUUUCAACGUUUUCUGAUUUAGUAGUCAGCUAAUAGGCCACCUUGGACCUGAAAAGCAAAUUCUGCUAACAUACGCUAGACUGCACACCAUAAAAUAAACAAGUGCUUUUAGAUUGAGACAUUUGCUGGCUAGCAGAUCAUACAUGUGAUUUUUAUAUUUGAUCAUUUAUGUUUUUUAUUGUUUUGUUAAGCAUUCAAAAGCCAAGUUAUGUUAUGAGGAUACUGCCUUUGCUAGCCAGGUUUGGCUAUUUUACGGUUUUGAAAUGAAAAGACCCUUCAAUCAAUGGCACUGCCAGUGGAAGAAAAUGUCUUAAAACUAUACAGUUGUGUGAAAUCCGUGACCCCCCAUGGGAGUCCUUGUUGUACCACAAACCCACCAGUGUUGCCAGUGUGAUGAUGACACAUAUAAGUUGUAAUUAUUGUAAACAUGUAAGAACUGAAGCAGAAGGAUUUCUAUCUUAAGUGGAUCUUAGCCUAGUUGUGGUUGUCUACACUGUAGGCUACACUGUUUCUUUAUGUAUUUAUAUUUAUUGCAUAUGUUACCUUUUGUCUUACUGAAUUUAUUUAAUUUAUUAGGGGUGCUAUCUCAGCAGUUGACUCUUUUAAAGUCAAAAUGUAAUUAAAGCUAUUUAUGACCUCAUGCCAUUAGGACCUAGGUUACGGCAUCUUUGCUGUCUUACCGUCUUUACUGUCUUAAAGUCGUACCAAUGGUAAUAUAGACACCAUCUUUACUUGGCCAGAGUGUUUUACUCCCUUACCUGCAGUGUUUGUUUAAGGAUACCAUUAGAGCCCUUCUGCUGUCUGCCAAAACAUUUCUGAGAUAUUGUUGCCAUAGUUGUGGCCUUUCUGAUGUCACUGUAAAGCACUUUAAUGUCUUAUGUGUUACUUUGGGUGUGAAAGAAGUAUCAUAGUAUCGUUUCUUAGACUUGGGCAAUUAGAAAAUGUCUCAUUGAAAGUGAUUAGCAAAUGUGUGUGAGCCGGUUAGCCCAGCAUUGGGACAUUUUAAUACAUAAUCAAGUACUUUUAAUACAUAAUCACUUUAAGGUCAAAGAGUUCUUCACUGAAAUUGUAUUUAAUUCCUUUUAAUAAUUUAAAUUACAUUCCAUCAGAAUUGACAGAGCGUGCCAGAACCAUAGUUAAUUGGUGAGAGUUUUGAGUACUUUGCACAUAUAUUAAUUUAUACAGUCUUAGGCACCCUAUAUCUUCAUUUAAAUUUUUAUGUAGUCUUAGAUAUUUUUUUGCAUUCUGCACUAGUGUCAGCACAAAAGAGCAAAUCUGAUAUUUCCAAAAAACAAAAAAUAUUUGUUAGUUGCAUUUUUGCAUUUAAGUAAUAGCCUACCAGUUUUCAGAUAAAGACUUGAUCAAGGCUGUCUGGGAUUACCUGGACAGCCAGAAGCAAACUUCUGCAGAAGAACUGUGGCAAAUUCUCAAAUAUGUUUGGUACAACCAGUUUUUCUUAUAAAACUGCAGGGCAGUGUACCUAAGAUAACUGAGGCAGUUUUAAAAGGCAAAUGGUUGUCACAACAAAUAUUGAUUUAAUUUACCUUUUACCUGUUCACUGCUCUUUAUAGUAAUAUUUUUUUAUAUUUAUAACAGUUUAUUUCCUUAUUUUUUGACAGAAAAAACAUGUGCCCAAGACUUUUGCACAGCACUGUAUAUUCAUGAAAUGUUAUUUUUACUAAAAGUAGCUUUGUCUACAGUGGUGUGAAAAUGUAUUUGGCCUUGUCCAACAGCUGUGCAGAUAAUAUCAUGGCUAUACUGGGGCUUGAACCACCAACCUUCCAGGCCUUUAGGCUUAAUGCUAAAGGUCGUGCGACCAGUUUUUAAGACUCACUGGGCAAGGUGAUUUGGUAGCUUCAUAAAAAAGAAAAAAGAUAAUUAAAUUAAAUGCUAAUUUAAAAAUGUGUUUUGUGUUUACCCUUUUUCUGAAACCAUUCUGUGUGAAAAAUACAAUAUAAUAGAGGAAAACAGAAAUGGGGCUCUUUUCAUAUCUUAACCACCAGUCAAAAAGCAUGAUUCACCCAACACUAAAUGCCUGAUCUAGGGAAACUUGUGCAUUGUAUGUACAGUAAAUUGCAAGUUAUGCAAUUGCCCCCUUUAAAUGAACGAGGCACGCUGUUGAGAUGGCACAUUUGAGUAUUAGAGCAAGCCACAGCUCAUGUUCCAUGAAAAUGUUUUUGUGGGAUUUAGGCAUGCUCACACAAAAAUGCAGUGCCCAGUGUUCAUAGUUCAGACAGUCAGCUUUCAUUUGAGGGUAUUUUCAUACAUAUCGGAUAAACCGCUUAGAAAUGACGGCACCUUCUGUACAUGGUAUGUUUACUUUUGUUAACUGCUGUUAUUUGAGCAUUUAGGACAUUUCUGUGGGCUUGAAUGUGUCUGCUCAUUGUCCUCUGGCCUCUCAUUAAGAAGGUAUGUUGUCCACAGAGCUGCUGCUCACUGGAUGUUUUUUGUUGCACCGUUCUCUUUAAACUGUUGUGACUGGUGCAUAAAAAACCCCAGGAGGACAGCUGUUUCUGAACCACCAUGUCUGGCACAGGCAAUCUGCCCUGGUCAAAGUCACUUAAAUCACCUGUCUUGCGUUUUUCUUAUGUUUGGCCAAACAACAAUGAGCUAUCUUCACUGUGUCUGCAUGAUUGAGUUGUAGCCACAUCAUUUUGUGUUUGAAGGAGCAGGUGUACCUAAUAAAGUGUACACAAACUUUCAAAAUGAAUUGUCUCUGUAAUGUUCAUGAGAGCAUUCAUACUUGCUCUUUGAAGUCCACAGUCUUAGGACACAUUUGAAAUGUGUUUUGUGAUUGUGUUGAGACUGUUAGCUCUGAUAUGUUAGUUUGGUUGUGUCCUAACCACUCUAAAAACAGCCUUCGUGCAGAAUAGUACCACCACAACUGUACACUUUACAUGUAUUUUCAUUUUACUUUGAUUGUACCAGGUUUGCUGUGGUUUCUAUUUUUGUUACACUUGCCUUAAGGUGGAUACAUGCUAGAAAAUGCAAUUUAAGCUCAGUGUUGUGGAAAUGCAGUUUGUGUGACUGUAACCCUACUUAAUUUAAUUUAAGUGUAAUUAAACUUUUUUAUGAUGUA